AUGGCUGCUCCCGCUGCGCCUCCGGCCGCGGCUCCCGCCCCGACCCCCGUCGACGCCGUGCUGCGCAACGCCCUCCGCUACACCAUCUCGGCGCGCGAGUACGCCACCCUCCACCGCUACGUGCUCUCGCGGUCCCGGGCGCUGCGCCGGGCGGCGCCCUCGCCCGCCUCGGUCGACAAGGCCCUGCAGCCGCGGCCGCGGCCGCACCCGCGGAGCCCGCCCCCUCCCGAUGACUACAACGCCCGGGCCGUGAGGCACGCCCUGCGCGUGUUUGCCGCCACGCUGGCCGCCGUCCGGGGCUGGGAGGCCCUCGCGCGACGCCUGCCCGGCGGCCGGUCAUCGUCGUCGAAAGGCGGCGGCGUCGCGGGCGUGCGGCUGUCGGCGUCGCUGUCGUGCAUCCUCCUCCUGUACCGGCUGCUCUUCCGGUUCCUGUGCCGCCUGCGCGCCCACCUGCUGGACCCGCAGGUCGAGCCGUUCCGGCGGCGCAACCCGCGCACGGCGGCCGCGCUGACGUCGCGCUACGCCCCGGCCGUGGGGGCCUCGCUGGCCGGCGCCGCCCUGGGCGUCUACCCGGCGCGCCAGCUGCGCGUGUCCGUGGCCGUCUACGCCCUGUUCCGCGCGCUCGAGUUCGCCUGGAACGCGGGCGAGGCCGCCGGCGCGGUGUGGGGGGUGCGCAACGGCCGCCGGCGCGACCGGCCCUGGUGGUUCGGCAGCUGGAUGCUGCAGCCCUUUGCGUUUGGCCAGCUGCUGCACGCCGUGGCCUUUGACGGCGACUGCUUCCCCGAUACCUACGGCAGCUUCAUCUUCCGCCACUCGGACGGCUACCUGCACCCCCGGCCGCCCGGCCUGUCCCCCCGCGUGGCGUGGCCGUCGAGCGCCGACGUGGUCCGCAGCCUCGCCCAGAUGGCCCGCCUCAACUGGCCGCCGUACGUGUCGCCCACCAUGUUCCCCGGCGCCGGCGCCGGCGCGCCCGCGGCCGCGGCCCUCCCCGCCGUCGCCCCGCUCACCGCCCAGGCGCACCCGCUCAUCGCCUCGCUGUCCUGCGCGGCCCUCCACCCGGCCGACCCGUCCUGCCUGCGCGCCUACCUGGCCUUCUGGCCCGCGUCGUUCCCGCCCCUCGCGCGCGCCCUGCUCGCCCUCCACGCCGCCCUGGCCGUCCUGCCGCCGCGCCUGCCGGCCCUGUACCACCGCCCGCUCGCCGUCGCCCGCCGCGCCGUCGCCCGCGCCCUGCGCUCCGCCGCCUUCGCCGCCGGCGCCAUCUCCACCGCCUGGGCCUCCCUGUGCCUCUUCCAGGCCGUCCUGCCGCGCCGCGCCCUCGCCACCCAGCGCUUCUUCCUCGGCGGCUUCCUCGCCGGCCUGUGGGCCUGGGUCGACCGCCGCCACGGCCGCCCCGUCUUCCUGCACUCGGCGCGCGCCAGCGUCGACUGCCUGUGGAAGGUGGGCGUCAAGCGCCGCUGGUGGAGGGCCAUGCGCGCCGGCGACGUCUGGCUCUUUGUCGCCGCCCUCAUGGUCACCGGCGUCGUGUACGAGCGCGACGCGCGCGCCGUCCGCGAGGCCGAGUGGCGCAAGGGCCUCAGCUGGAUCCGCGGCGAGGGCUGGAGGGACUGGAGCGUGGAUGACGACGACGACGACGACGACGACGACGGCGACGGCGAGGAUGGCGAGGAUGGCGCGGAUGGCAACGACGUCAAGGACGAGUGA